AUGUCUUCAAACUCCAGUUCGGCUGCAGCCGACAUCAUCGCUUCAUACGCGGCUACAGCCGUCACCAAUUACUGCUCCCUAGCCGGGAUUGUUUUCUUGAUGUAUGCCUAUACUAUCACCAUCGGACGGGAGGUCGAACUUUUCUGGAUGCGGAAGUUCUCUGGCGCCACCUUAUUGUUCCUCGCGAAUAAGUACAUCAGCCUAGUGAACCAUUUAUACGACCUUGCUAUGUUCAUUGGUAUUCAUGUAAAUGACAAGGUGCGUCGAUAUCUUCUGUUCCAUGACAUAUCUUUCAUUGUAACCGGUAUCCCCCUCCAGACUUGCAACAUCGAGGUGGAAGUGUUCUCUUCCGUGGACUGGCUGCAAUACGUUCCUUGGGCCGCUUUCUCCGGCUUACGUGUGUUCGCUUUGUGCCGGAUGUACUCUGUCUCGGUAGUUGUCAGCGUUCUCUCCCUUGUCCCGCUCGGUGUCAAUUUCGGCUCCAAAACGUUUGGCGUGAAUGAACCUGGGGUGGGAUGUGGGAUGGACGACGAAUAUUCACCAUCAAUGAGCUUGAACGUACUUCUUAUCAUGAACGUGUUUCACAUCGUUUUCUCCUUCGCCUCUGAUACGACGAGUAACGUCACCUUAUUCACCGAACCACUCACCGCCGUGCUCACCUCUCAUUUUCUCCUCGAUCUCCAAGAAGCCAGCCAAAAGGAGGUUCAACAAGACGACACUAUCGAACAGUCAAUGCCUUCUAGGAGCGUUAUCGGAAGCAAGCUAUCUUUCGCCAAAGUCAUCGGCUCGCUCGACUCGGCCCUCAAGCCAGGCCUCUAUCUUGGUGUGGACAUUGAUAGUGAGAUGGUUCGCGAUGAGUAUGACGUCUCGGUUGAGCUAUCACCUGUGGAUUUCGCGGAUCCUGAGAGGCUCUCAUAUCCCCAAGGUUCCGUUGCGUCGCAUGAUUCAUGA